GGCCUGAGUGGCCCCCCACGACGCGUCUCUCUUCCCUUUUCUAGGUUGGUCCAGAGCAACCCAAGAUCAUUCAAUUAAGGAUGCCUGGAAGCUUACAGACAUAAAUAUUCGGAAAUGUUUUGCCACCUGAGACCUGUGAGAAGGUUAUGUCCAGAGAAGAUCUUUCCACAUUGGUUUCUCUACUCAAGAGCUUUAUCAGGAGCUGAGGCAGUCAAUGCCUUGAGACCCUUCUAUUUUGCAGUACAUCCAGACUUCUUUGGACAGCACCCCAAAGAAAGGGAAGUCAAUGAAAAUUCUCUUAAGAGAUUAAGUGUCUACUUAGAAAAUAUCCAGAAACCAGGCUUCAAGUCUCUGAAACCAACUCCACUCACAUUUUAUGUGAGAGAAACAGACCAGAAUUCAUCAGACGGCCAGGAGCCUUUAGGCACUUUCGGAUUUCGAGCAGUCAACUUUACUUUGCAUACCAGAGAUCUGCUAAGUACAGUAUUAUAUAUUCUCAACUCCUGCAGUUUAUCGGUCGAACAUAUCCAAAGUUUGAAUUCAAAUGCACACUCCCAGCCUCCCAAAGAGGCUAAGAAGGUGCCUGACAGGCCUAUCAAAUGGGACAAGUCUUAUUACACCUUUACUGGAUUCAAGGACCCUGAUGAAGAACUCGAGCACAUGUCAAAAAUAGAAACUACCCUCACAUCAUGGCUUGAUAACAAUGGAAAAAGUGCCAUCAAAAAGCUGAAAAAUAGUCUGCCACUUAGAAAAGAGCUAGACCGUUUAAAAUAUGAACUGUCUCACCAAUUGCAAGUCACAGAUAUCAGGUGGCAGAGAAGCUGGGGCAUUGCCCACCGCUGCAGUCAGCUGCACAGUUUAGGCCGCUUAGCACAGCAGAACUUGGAAGCACUCAGAAAUGCAAAAGGAUGCACGAUAAUAUUUACAGACCGUUCUGGAGUGAGCGCAGUGGGCCAAGUAAUGCUGGGAACAAUGGAUGUCCAUCAUCACUGGAUGAAACUUUUUGAAAGAUUGCCAACUUACUUUGACCUUCAGCGGAGGCUGAUGCUUUUAGAAGACCAGAUCAGCCACCAUCUAGGUGGCAUCCAGUUGGUUUACAUAGAAGAACUGCAGCCAGUGAUGACAGUUGAAGAAUAUUACUCACUUCUUGAUGUGUUCUAUAAGAGGCUGGUGAAAAGUCGAAUACCUUUUCACCCUCAAAGUUUGCAUGGCUUGCAAAUGAACCUGCACAGUGACAGGUAUGCUCCCAGCCUGCAUGAACUCGGGCAUUUUAAUGUCCCAACACUCUGUGAUCCGGUAAACCUACGGUGGUUUAUUCUCACCAAAGCACAAGAGGCAAGAGAGAACUUGAAAAGAAAAGAAGAGUUAAAGAUAAUUGAAAAGGAAUUGAUGCAGGCUUCCACCAAGAAAUUCUCCCUAGAAAAGUUCUACAAGGAGCCCAGCGUUUCUAGUAAGCAAAUGGUGGACUGUUGUAAGAGACUUCUAGAACUAUCACUGCCUUAUCUACAAGGGAUGCGUCUUUGUGUGUCACAUUUUUACUCUGUUAUGCAAGAUGGAGACCUCUGCAUCCCUUGGAAUUGGAAGAACUGAGAAGCCAUUAAGUAACACAGAAAUCUGUAUUCUUUAUUAACAAGAUAAGGAAUUGUUAAAACUUAUUCAAAUCUGGGAUUUGAAAUAGCAGUAUUAUCUUACAUGUUUCAAGAACGGAGUGUAUAAUGGCUGCUUUAAAGGUGACCUUUAAAAAAAAAUGCUUUCUGCUGUGAAACUGAUUUUUAAAGGGGAUACUCCCAGUUUUAUGGUGUUUCUGAUCUGAUCAUUGGAAGCAGCGUGUGUGAAUGAAAGGUUCUCCAGGCUGAGUUCUUUUUAUAGAAUGAAUGAUAGUCAGUAAACAGGUCUUACCAGUAUACCUCAGAACUCAUCUCUGCAACUAACCUUCAAUACAGCACACAGCGUGACAGUUGGAGCUGGCGUGCCUGGCCACAAGUCUUUUGAAGCCAGUCAGAACGGACUGUUGAGUAGCACAAUUCAGAUGAGCCAAUUUGGCCUAAAGGAAAGGAUGUAAGAAAAAAAGUUGGGAUUGUUGAGUAUGUAGUAUUGACAUUAUCAUUAGCAGUCUGAGACCAGCUUGU